AUGGCCGCAGUAGAAAACUCUACCUCCACCACACAGGAGGUGUUUGGGGGAACCGAAGGCCAGUACCUCCUGCCCCACCACGUCACCGAAAUCGACCGCCUGAGGAGACAACAUGAGUAUACCAAAGUCUGCUGCGACGGUAACUUGCUAGGAUUUUCCUUGCCAGAGUCUAGCAAGCCACUCGAAAUUCUCGACAGUGGCUGUGCAGAUGGGACUUGGCUGCUUGACCUGGCCCGCGAAUAUCCUCAAAAGCAGCUUUCCCUUCACGGCAUUGACAUUGGCUCCAACUUGUUCCUGGCAAACCCUCAUCUCGAUCUUCGCCAGCAUGACCUCCUUCAGUCGUUCCCCGAGAACUGGGGCUGGAAAGACCACUUCGAUGUCAUCCACCAACGUUUCUUGGUCUGGGGCCUGAAGGAAACGGAGUGGCCAAGGGUUCUGAGCAAUCUGCGGAGCGUAUUGAAACCCGGCGGUCGCAUCCAGUUUGUUGAGUGCAAAUGGAUCUUCCCAGAUCUGUGGGAAAGCCAUCCCGAGCAGCACAAACUGGCUUUGACCCAAAUCUGGUCCACUCAGAUGGCAGGAAUGGACAUCUAUAUCGGCGAAAAACUAGCGGACAUGCUGCAGGAGAAUGGGUUCGAAGAUAUAACCACUGUCCCAUAUCCUUUUGCUUAUGGAGCGAGUGCGAAACAUGAAAAGGACCGUGACUCCUCGGCUGAGCUGUGGGUGGAGAGCUUCCGGCAUCUGGCUGGUCGGAUAGGUGAGGAUGGCAUCCCUGGAGUUGCCAAGACACCCGAGGAAUAUCAUGCUUUCUUGGAUCGCCUAGUGGAGGAGAUUAAGGCGAUUGGUUAUGCCCCGGAAUUGAGGAUGAUCUCUGGUCGGAAGCCGCUGUGA